AAGUUCGGUUUUACCCCACUGGUGUAUUUCGGCUUUCCUUGAGAUCUCACUUCUUUCUUACGCUCUCUGCAUAUCACUGAUGUGGCUUACUCCAUCCUUAAAGCCAGUCCUUUGGACAUCCUUGGUCAUUCUUUCGGCUUCGAAUGCUAUUGCUGAAUCUAGCUCCAGCUCUGAUAGCAACAUGCCUCUUACUUGUGAUUCUCCUAUCUACUGUAGCGGAGACCUGCUAAAGACUGUGCAAUUGGCCGAGAUCUAUUCUGAUUCUAAGACGUUUGUAGACAUGCCUACUAAGAAUCCGUUGGACCAAGUUGUAUCGGCUUUCAAUGCUAUUGGCGCCAAUGCAUCUCAUGAUGCUAUCCAAAAAUUCGUCACCGAUAACUUUUGGGAAGCUGGAAAGGAACUUCAGCCUGUUACUCUUCAAGUGACUGAAAACCCCAAGGUACUGGACAAGAUAGACGAUACCACUCUCAAAGGUUGGGCCAGUGAUCUUAAUCACUAUUGGGCAAACCUUACAUUCGAGUUCAACACAACUUUCCUAUGUGAUGGUUGCGUUAGCAGUACCCUCCCUGUUGCUCGACGUUUUGUUGUUCCUGGCGGACGGUUCCGAGAAUUUUAUUACUGGGAUAGUUAUUUUGUGAUUGUGGGAUUGCUGGUCAGCGAACUUCCUGAAGUGGCCAAAGAUAUGAUUGAUAAUUUUUUAGAUUUCGUUGAUCAAUAUGGUUUCCUACCUAAUGGCGCUAGAAUGUACUAUCUUAAUCGAUCUCAACCUCCUUUCCUUACGCAAAUGGUCAAGGUGUAUUAUGAGUCUACGAAAGAUGAAGAGCUUCUCAGUCGUGCCAUCCCCAUCUUGGACAAAGAAUACCAAUUUUGGCAGGCCAACACCACUGUUGAGGUGAAAGACCCAAAGACAGGACAAUCUUACAACCUAAACCACUAUAACGUCGAAAACAACAGUCCUCGACCUGAGUCGUACUAUGAAGAUUACCAGACCGUACAAAAUGGAACAGGAUAUAACCAGACCCAAAUUGAAUCCUUGUAUGCCGAUUUAGCGACCGGAGCUGAAACUGGAUGGGAUUACUGCGCUCGAUGGACACGAAACAAGGAACCUGCAUCAGACGACCCCAAUUCUUACAAAAUUCUCAGAACCCUAAACACCAGAAACGUUAUUCCUGUCGACUUGAACUCCUUGCUGUGGAGUAUGGAAUCCAAUUUGGCAGAGUGGCAUGCUGGCCAAAAAGCCAAGCGUGACGAUAAAAUGUCUGGUAACUUGUCUCAAUGGUACCAACGCAAGGCCAAGGAAAGACUAGAAGCAAUGGAAGCCGUCAUGUGGAACGAAGAGCACACUUCCUUCUAUGACUUUAACCUGAGCAGUAGUACUCAAAAUGUAGAUUUCACACCGGCAGGCUACUAUCCUUUCUGGUUAGGCGCCGUUCCUGAAGACCUUGCAAAGAACUACACUGUUUUGAGUCACGUUUUUGAUGAGGGUAACAAAACAUUGAACGAGUAUCCUGGUAUCUUGACAUCUAGUUUGCACAAUACCACGUUGCAGUGGGAUUUGCCAAAUGGCUGGCCUCCAUUGAACUAUAUUGCCAUGCAAGCAAUGAUCAACGUUGACAAGCUAAUCCAAAAAACCAAGAAGAAAGAAGACUCUGUUGACCUUCUUGGUCUCGCAAAAGAAUUGGCAACCAGAUUUGUUUCUUCAGCUUUCUGUGGAUGGUAUGUAACUGGCGGCUCUGUCCCUGGUGUCCUUGCUCAGCUACCCAACCAAACCGACACCGGCCAUAUGUUUGAAAAGUUCAAUGUCGAGAACAUCGGUGUAGCUGGAUCUGGUGGUGAAUACACUGUCCAGGCAGGUUUUGGGUGGACCAAUGGCGUUACUUUUUGGGCCUUUGACACCUUCGAAGGGUUCGUAGCGCCAAACUGCACCACCACUUCAUCGUAGGUGGUUUAACCUAGCAAUAUAGUGUUGUUACUUGGACAAUCAUCAUUGUCAAUAUAUUGUACUUUUUUAACUUGUGUUAUAUAAAUAUGCCAACAAACUCAAAAUCACCCGUCCGCUGUGCAGCUCUUCAUUGAGAGCGGGAGGUGAUUUGAGAGCGGGAGAGCGGGAGGUGAUAUUUUCCCCGCCAGCGCAAGCGAAAAUUCGUGACUGCAGCACUUCAACCAAUAAUUUUUUUUUUUUUUUUUUUUACAAGUGGACCUGACUGUUUAGUUCGUCUUUCCUCUACUACAACAUGGCACAAGGUCAAUUAAAGAAAUCAAAGGCUCCUGCCAAUAAGAGUG